AGAGUUGUUGAUUUUGAGAAUUUUUAAUGGCAUAUGAUUGUUUCGUCACCUGGUCACCCUGUUAUAUGCCACCUAAAAGAUGAACAAUGAACAAAAGCCAGCAUCACCAGAUACAUCAUUAUCAUCCACAACACAGCCAUCCACAACCUCAUUGGCAAACGCUUUUCGUGAGCGAUCUGCAGAGCGCCUGGCCGCUGCGGCCAAUAGUAAGAUACCAUCCAUUAUACUUCAUACGCCCAUUGUAUCAAUUGCGUCUGGCACCAUGAGUAAAAGCACCACCACGACAACGUCUACAAAGACAACUCCGACCGCACACAGAUCCGACGGCCUGUUCGAAGCCAUGGCAAAUAAUUUGACAACACUGGACAGUGCGAUAGUGCGACGUGAUGAUGGUAGUGUCGGGGUUCGUGGACCGAAAAAAACUGCAGCUGCAAAUGCGAAAUCCACAUCAAAGUCAGUGGCAGAUAGCGAUAAGAGGAAGUCAUACUCCCCCCCAAACAGUGUCAGCAACAGCAACAAUAAUAGCCAUAACAAUCCCAGUGUCAGUGGCAGUGAGGGAACCACCAUACCGAUAUCAUCGUUAACAGCGUCAGUGCCAGAGGUCCAGACCGUUACUUCCAGUAAUAAAACGACUCAAGAAGAACCAGGUGCCGCCACCGUCACCGCCACCGCCGCCGCCGCCGGUGCCCCCCUGCCACAGGUCUACUCAUUUCUUGACGAAACGCCAAAGCUGGAAGGACCCACACGCAGGUGCCUGCAGUAUGGGGGUGGAGCGAAGGGUAAAACCCAGGAUGAUCAGAAUGUGGGAAAGCGACAGAAAAAUAAAAAGACAAAAUACGAUGCCUGGGAGGAUAGCGACUUCAAUGAUCUUGAUGAUGCGUCAUUAAAGAAGCUUCUCGAGGAGGCCUAUUGGUACCGUAAUCCUGGCGACAGGAAAAACAAAAGCGAGCGCUUUCUGCAAAUGCUCAAAAAGGCUGAGUACGACGAAGAGAUCUCUUAUCGUGCCAUCAAAACCUGCCUCACACUCAACCCAAUCACGCUAGCGACGUCAGCGUCCACAUCCGGAGCAGCCGGCAUUAGCAUCAACAGCAACAGUAACAGCAACACCCACCACACAAACAAUCGAUCCGGGGAGCGUCACAAGCAGGGCGGCUCCUUGCAGGAUCUUGUCGAGGCGGCUCAUCGAAGUGGGGCGGCCACCACCUCUGCAGCGGCAGCAGCAGCAGCGGCGUCAGCCACAUCGGCGACAACCCAACGUUUCAACUGUGAUUACCAGCUGAGUGGACGCGCGAACCGUCGCCACCAGCAGCAGCACAACAACAAUAACCAAAACGCACCCUCUGCCUCGAAGAAGAUCAAGAACUGGUCAGUGUCGGGACGGCAGCGUGAGGGAGGAAGCCUUCCGAGCAGCGUCAACUUUGAGCCAGCCACCACGUCCAUGGAUGCCAAGCUGAAACAGACCAUGGCCGAUUCAUCCCAAUCACAGGCUGCCGCUGGCAAGAGGAGCACCGGCAGCGGCAGCUGCAGCAGCCUGCCCAGCCACCUGGGCGAAGCUGAGGCCGGUACCCAGUUCGAUAUGGACGAGGAUGAGACGGGUGGUGGUGCAAGUGGAAGUGCUAGCGCUGCCCCUGGUCCUGGUCCAAUCCAACAAGAAUAUCUGUUGGAGGUAAGCGAUGAAACGAUGAAUCAGUGGGACGUCUGUAUGGAUCAAUCGCUCUGGGAGAUAGCUAAAGUGUGCCUAAUCGAAACCGAUGGGCGCCAGUUUGGUUCAAGUCAAUUUGAGGCGCUGGAGGGCGAUAAUCGUGUCAUUCAAAAGAAGAAACCAGUCGCCAAUCAAUCAGCCAAUUCGUCAAUGUCGCAUCUCAGCACCAAAGCGCUCGAUAAUAUCAUGCAAAGCUAUAGCCCGCAGCAACCUGAUUCAAAGGAUUCGGCCACUGGCAGCGAGUAUCGAAUUGGAGAGACGAUGCCGUUUUUGGGACCCGUUGGCGUUCGGCCACCCGGCACGGCCCACAUACAUUUGCACCAACAGCACAUACCGCUGCAGCAGCAAGAUCCAGCUGGUAUAAAAUAUGAGAGGGGUGCAGAGGAUCGUACGCGCAAAGUGGAUGCCGGCUAUGUGUCGCUGAGCGACAGCUAUACGGCCUGCUCAUCGGUCUAUGGCGAUACAUCAACGGCAUCCCAUGUCAGCAGCAGAGCCUCCACCUCGUCUGAGGUUUUUGGCAAGAAAGGCGGCCGCGCGGGUCCAGUUGCCAUGGGUGCCAAGUCCACAUCGCGCAAUCUUGAUGAGAAUGGGAAUGCUCUGAGCGAUGGCUAUGGCACAAAUGGCACGCCCAGCAGCAGCAGCAGUGGCAGCAGCAGCAGCGGGGGCAGCAGCUCCAAUCAGUUUACGGCUUUGGUCACCACAACAAUGGGUGCAAAUGCACCAGCAUCAUCGUCGUCCACAAGUCGUCAGAGUAGCGUGUCCACGCUGCUUACAACUGGCAGCAAUACAACCACCACGGCCAUGGCGGCCGCUGCAGUGGCUGCCUCCUUCAAUAGCCAGCUACAGCAGGUAAAUGUAGGCAAUGGAUCGGGCGGAAAUGGAGCAGCAAGUUGUGCCGCUACCGGAGCUGGUACCGUGAGUGUCGUCAGUGCCGGCACUGGGGCACAGCCGACCAAGCCCAAGUCAAAGAAGAGAUCACAGCAGGAGCGCAACUCGACCACGGUCGUUGCCCAGUCGGUGGCCGGUUACCGUGGCCAGGAGUCGGUGGAGCAGCUGGUCAAGUACAUUGAGAACGAUGGCAACAGUGGCGGCCAGAGGAAGAAGGAGCGCAAGAAGCAAAGCCAAAAGCUGAAGAAGAGCAACUCGCUGGAGGAGCUGCGCAGCUGUUCGAAAAUGGAGGCGGACGACCUCAAGCGUGAGUCGGCCACCACCGAGAUGAUGCCACAGAAGAAGGACUCAAACAGUGGCAAUGCCAGUGGCAGUGGCAAGCACAACUCUGCCUCCGUGGCGGACAUCAGCAAGAAUUUCAGCAAGGAGCAGCAGCAGGCCACAGCUGUCCAGGUGCAAGUGCGUGGACCAGCCGCCGGCCAGCAGCGGAAGGGCGAGCGCCGCUCCUGGGGCACCGAGGAGCUGCAGUAUCUGGGCGAUCAGGACUACCGCAAGCCCGGCCUGGGCAAGGCUGCGGCACGCUCGGAGCCCGACAUUGAAGCCGAAUCGAUGCCGCUCUCUCUGCCGGCCCUCUCCUGCAUGUCGGAAAUGGAUGCCCUGAACACCGUCCUCUCCGAGACAGCCGAAUUCCAUGUGGUUACCAAGAAGAAGAAACCAAAGAAGCAGCGAGCCGUCACCAUGGACGAUGCAGCCGUUGCGGCCGCUGCCCACGCGGGCGGCAAUCUCCAGCGCAUGCAGCAGAUCACAAAAUCAGCCUCCUCCAAUAUGAUGUCCCAGCGGACGCACUACUACACGGCGUACACCAAUAGCGGUGCCAGCAGCAACACCGCUUCCGGUUCCAAUCAUCAUGGCCAGUAUCCCAGCAAGUUGGCGCAGCAGCAGCAGCCGCAGUAUCAGGAGGCACAGCCGCAGCAUCACCAUCACCAUCACCAUCAUUACCAUCAUCAUCAUCAUCAUGGUGGAUCCGGGUCGCCCACGAAGGAUAGCUCGAGACGCAAGUCAACAUCCUCGAUGCCGCCCUCGGAGAAAUCCGAUUCCAGUGAUCUCGAUUCGGUCCACUCGCUGCCCAUACAGACGGUGAAAAAGAAGAGUGGCAGUGGCAGUACUGGCGGCACCACCAGCAACAAGGAGCGGGCAGCGCAGGCCGCCACCCAACGUCAGGUGAAGAAAAAGACACUGGCACCAGCUCCCAUUUCCUAUGCGGACAUAGCACGCAACAAGCGGGAGGCCCUAAAGAAUGCCAGCAACAAUGGCGGCAGCGCAAAUGUCAGCGAUCCAGAGCCAUCCGAAUCAGCUGCUGAUAAGCCACCCAGCGGCGGCGGCGGCGGCAAGGGUAGCAAAUCCAAGAUUAAACCCGAUUUCCCAGAGCUGCCAGUGGCACUAUCCAUACCGGUGGCCAUCAGCAGCAGCAGCAGCAGCGGGAGCACGGUCACCAAUCAGGUGGCCAGUUCCAGCAACAACUCAUCGUCGGCUGGAUCGAUUAGCUACUCGAAGAGUCUAAAUGCGACGCCUGCCAGCAGCACCAGCGAUGUCGAUGUCUCGCCAGAGUUGACACCCACAUGCACGACCGCACCCAGCAGCAGCCUGUCCUCGUCCCAGCCAUCGCUGCAAAAGUCAAAGAGUGUGGAGCACGAUGCCAGCUAUAGCUUCAAUAGCAGCAAUCUCGAUCAGCAGUAUCCAGCGCUGGAGAAGACUGUGAAGAGGCAUAGCACAACAAAUGUUUCCCUGACAGCCGCCGCCUGUCCAGCCUCGGGCUCCGGUUCGGGUUCAGGCUGCCCGGCUGCGGGCACGGCUGCGUCGACGAUUUUCAACUUUGCUGCCGCAACCAAGCUACAAAUGGUGGACAAGUCGACGGGAACCACAUCAUUACCAACUACCUCUGCCAAGUCCAAGACCAAGUCAAAGGACUUGUCAUACAGCAGCGCCAGCAGCAGCAGCAGCAGCUCCGGCAGCAGCAGCAGCAAAAAGUCCAUGAAGCUUGGUCAGGAUGAGGCGGCGUCCGUGGCCGUGCUUGUGCUUGUGCCAGCGCCAGUUGCCCAGAAGUCUACGACGGCCACACAGACCGAGGGAAGCAAGAAGAUGGGACACAAGAUGUCACACAUUAGCAGCAAGCUGGCACCAGAGCUCAUUGCUGGUCGACCGGCAGUGAUAAUACUCAACGAUGAUCGCGACUCGGCCGAGGAGGGACUCAAUAAUGAGUUCAUCUUUGGGGACUUCAACGAGGAUGAACUGAAGCUAUUUGAUGACAAAAAAGAUGAAAAGGAAAGGGGAAACGAUAAGGACAAGGAGCAGAGCGAAAAGAAGGUGCAAGCAGAGUCACAGUCAAAGCUGCAGUCAGAGCCAAAGCCAAAGGUAAAGCCACAGGCAGAGGCACAGCCACAGUCAAAGGCACAGGAAAAGCCACAGCCACAGUCAAAGCCAGAGCCAAUUGAUAUGGAGCAGGAGGAGGAUGAAGCAACACCAGAACUCGAACAAAUUGUUGAGGAGAAAGCGGCAAAGAAGGAGGAAGAGAACCCAACGGGCACACAGUCGGAUACGAGCUCCAGCAGCUAUCAGCAGCUGAUAAUGAAUGACUCGGGCGCUGCCUCUGAUGUGGUCAACAGCUCGGUCAGUUUGGAUAUGCUAUCGAUCUCAGGCGAGGCCGUCCAGUCGUCGUCGCCGCACUCUGCGGCCAUUUCUACAAACUCGGGCUCAUCCAGCAUCAUUAAUUCGUCGACAUCCUCAACGCCUUCAUCCGAUUCGGCACCCAAUUCCAAUUCGUCGUCAUCCGUUUCGAUAUCCUCGUCAGCGGGCGGCAACGGACCGACGGGGCAUGGCUUGUGCUCGAGACAGCGUUCGGGUGCGGCCUAUGUUGCGAAUCAGUCCAGCGAUAGUGGCAUCUAUGGUGCCGCCAAUACGUCCGUGAAGGAUCACAUCAAUCAGUUCCUUAGUCGUGCGAGCAGCAGCAGUGAGGAGCCGCUGCCGAAUGCUCCCAUUUCCAUGCAACAGUUGGAAACCUGCAAUGACAUUGAAGCGGCAAUUAUAGCAGCUGCUCGAGCCGCUGCCGCGGCACGCAGCAAUAGUUGCAGUCGCAGAAAUUCCCAGGAACUGGAGCCGUCCAAGUCCCACAAUCAGCAGCAACAGCAGCAUCAGAGUCCAGUUGCCAAAACAAAAGCUGCGCCCGUCUAUACAACUUACAACGUGGGCUCAGAGGACUACGACGAGGAUUUGGAGGAGCUGAGCUUCCUGGCCGACCUCCGAGAUGCAGAGGUGCACGUGGAAGAAGAGGCGGAGGUGAAAUCAGAGACCGAGGCCGAAUCUGUUGCGGCGUCACCAACCCAAAUAGAUCCAAUUGUAGAAUAUAUUUCAAGCACGUGGCAUGCCAUUUCUACCAGCAAACAUGUAAUGUUUUAUCGCGAGCCCGAACAGGAGAUCUAGGAUGAAGCGACAAUUCCGCAGCAGGAGAGCAGAACUACAGAAAUGAAUUGAACGUGGAUUAGUUUGUAUUAUUGCAUGUCUGUCAAAGGUUGCAGUUUAUGUUUGCCACGGGCCAUCAUCAAUUGUACACAGAUAUACGGAUAUAUUACGGAUAUGCUAUAACCAAACGCUUUUUGUGCUAACUAUUGUAACAAACUAUUGAUUAACUAUCGAUUAGAAUAUAAAAACCGCGCGCGGCAGCAACUAAAAGCCACCACCAAGAGUGUCAAAUAAACCCAAGAAAAACAAUGAACAAAAAAGUCAUUCGAAUGGAAAACCAGAACUAUUAAGACAGCUCCACAAUGAGGAGAUAAUCCAGGAGUUAGUUGAUUGGAAAAUAAAUACCGGCGAUGACAAAGAAACAGAAUUAGAGAAACUUUUAAUUGAUUCUGAUCAGAGCAGAAAGCAGACCACAAGUGGGAAGACAAAACGAGAACAAAGUUGAUUUUGUUGAACAAAAAAAAAGAAGUAAAAUGAAGAAAAAACAAACUCUCAAUCCGUUUGUACCGCUGUGAAUAGAACAAAAACAAGAAAAUAAAUGAAUUCCUCCAUGGGAAAUCUUUGAGGCCGAUUUGGUGACGUAAAAUAUAUCUAUGAAUAUUUAUUAAACAUUUAGUUUGGUAACGGUGAUGCGAAGCGAUGUUCAGUCAGCAUUUGGAAGUGCUUUUUUUUUUGUUAAUUUGAACAAACAAUAUGCUGGCUCCUUAAAACGCAACGUUUUACUAUAACUAUUACACUUACAAACUCUAAUUUUAACUAUUAUUAUUAUUAUUAUUACCAUCUAUCUAUUUUAUUCUCUAUUUUUUUCUUUGUUGCUCUGCUUGAAGUGCGCGCGCGAGCCUGUUGCUUAAACGAGUAUAUUUUAUCAUUACUUCGAGUAAGAUUGAGCAAACUAGUUCUAGACAGAGUCAAAGCGCAAGUGAGAGCAGUGAGGGGGAAGUAGAGGAACCGAUUGUACAUAGGAUACACAAUAAAAAACCACAGCAGAAAACAAAAAGAAAAACCAACUAAGAACAUGAAUAAUUUUAGCGUUUAAUUGUUGAAAAGAAAAUCGAAAAAAGAAAAGAAAACUAAAAAUUAAUAAUGAAUAUCUAGUGUUAAGAUCUAGCCGGCUAGCCAUAAAGAAGCCGCAUGAAGGGGGGAAAAUGUAUGUUAAAACCACAAAAAAACAACACACACAGACACAGAGAAGAACAAAAAGCAUAAAAACUAUCGAGCACCUACGAAAAAUGCCGCCGUUUAGCAGCGAGAGAGUGCCUAAGCAGGCCUUUCCGAGAGUAAAAUUAAACAGCAAAUAGAACCAGUAAACCGGAAACCGGAUGAUAACCGGCUCAAAAACCACAAAAGAA